UUCGCAAUUCUAGUUUGGUGGUAAAGCAACUGCUUAAAUUUUAUAAUGGCUGUAAAAGGCGAGAGGUCACACUGGGAGUGAAGAGAAGUUACUUAACAGAAAGUACUAAUGAAAUGAGGAAUGCAUUUGGUGAAGAGGUAGAAACUAAAUUCUGAUUGAAAGCUUUGCUAGAGGAAAUAGUUAUGGACAAUGAACUUCUGCAGUAAUGAAAGCACGAAGCCUUAACAGAGCAGGUAAAAAUGGAUUUUAAUGUUCCUGAAGACUCCAUUCAUGACUGGAUUGGGCCCCCUGAUAAAUUCUCAAAUCUUCGACAAAUAAAAUUCCAUGUCCCAAAGAAUGAAACUCCUCUAGAACAUCAACUCCGAACCUUGAGAAUGGAAACCCAGGAGUGGAAUCAGCAGUUUUGGGUAAACCAGAAUCUGACUUUUAAUAAGAAAAAGGAAGAGUUCAUUUGCACAGAUUUAAAAACGAAGGGACUUGAACGCCGAGAUGAAGAAGGUAGAAAAAGAACUCUAACUGCUGAUGAGAUGGCCAUAUUUUAUAAAGAGUUUCUAAAUAAAAACUUCCAGAAACAUGUGAAUUACAACAAGGAGUGGUACAAAAGGAACUUUAUCAUCACCUACCUUAUGGGGAAAGUAGCAUUUCACAGAGCGUGGAGAAAGUUGUGUAGAAAGAACUGAAGGUUUUCUUCACAAUGUGAAUGGGAAGAUAUUUAAUGAAAUUUUCAGUGCUGUAAACUGAAUUUGAAAUGUGCAAAAAGGUUUUUUACAUGCUUUAAAAGGACUUAAGGUUUUAAACUUUCAUCACAAAAAUGCAGCUGGCUUAAACAGUAAUGCUGGAACUUGAAAAGAAAAUAGAAAACUACUAGUCAUUAAAAAAUGUGUAAAGAGGA